GAAACAAAAACAAGCAGAGAGAGCUCGGUCACAUGUAGUGAGUCCAAGGAGAAGGAGGAAGCGGCAGUCGGUCUCAACACGGUCCGGGUCUUCAGGACGCAGAGACUCCCCCCCACCCCCUCUCCUCCAGGUUCUCCGGCUCCAGCCCUCCGAUCGGUGCGCUCCACAUAUGGUUCUCCUCCGGCACAUCUCCAUCGCCCUGACCGCCGCCGUGGCCGCCCUGGGCUCCGCUCUCUUCAUCGCCUUGAACUUCUUCUACAAGAGGCGAAUAUGGUCACCGCAAGCCGAGUACUGCACGAUCAAAGAGGAGGAGGAGGAGCGCGGGAAGCGCCAGGUCCUGGUCCUCGGUCUGGACGGGGCCGGGAAGAGCAGCAUGUUGCAGGGUUUGACUCCCGGGGAGUCGGCGGCUAAGAGAGGCCGCUGCAGGCCCACCCGAGGCUUCAACUUCAUGAGCCUCAACGCCCGCGCCUGUCAGCUGGACUUCCUGGAGAUCGGUGGCGGGGAGGACCUGCGGCGGUACUGGUCGGACUACCUGAGAAAGACUCACAUUCUGGUGUACGUGGUGGACUCCUCUGACAGGAGCCGCCUCCCAUUGGCUAAGGCUGAACUGCACCGCCUGCUGAGAGGGCAGCCCCAGCUGCCCGUGGUUGUCUUGGGAAACAAGCAGGAUAAGCCCAACGCUGUGAGCGUGUCGGAGCUGCACGAAGCCUUGUCUCUGGGCUCCGUCACCGAGGACAGGAAGCUGUUCAUCUUGGCCGCCCAGCUGGGCUCUGAUGAGAACCUGAAGAACUCCUGCCGGGGCCUGGACACCGUCCAGGACCUCCUGCUCCAGCUCGUCUGAUCUCAUUCCCCCCAUACCCCCCCCUCUCCGAGAGCAGAGAAAUAGGAUAUGGAGGGAUGGCAACAAAGUGGUGGCUGAAUGCAAUCUUCCUCCUCUUCCUCCUCAUUGUUAAAGCUCUGACUUAAUGGAGGUGGAGGAGGAGGAGGAGGAGGAGGAGGAGGAUGCUGAAGGCUGCGGGAACCAUGGCAAAGAAAUCACUGAAGAAAAUGCCAAGAUGGAGCGCAAAGCCUCCUCGUCUUCAUCCUUGACCUUCUUCAAACCACGUCAGUUUGUUUUCGAAAAAACCUUCAGCUCAUCUCAUGGUACAGCUUUUCUUCCGACUCAUCUUACUCACCGGAGGAGGAGGAGGAGGAGUCGCAGAGCGAGGAGGACAGAAGGACGAAGGUUUGACACAAAGUUCCCCUCCUGCCAAUGAUUCAGGCUUUGGACUAGUAUGAACUGUGACCGGUGUAUUUAAGCAUGCGUAUUGUUCUGUAUAUAAACGGAAAUAUGUCAAGUUUGUAGAUCCAUUUACAAGAUUUCGUCUGGUUUUGCUGUUUACUGAAAACCUUUUUGUGUGUGACCAGAGAAGUCGGCAGAGCAGAACAGGUAAUAUUCAGGGUUGCCAGGUUGGAGCCCCGGGGACUAAUACUGGUGAGUUAAUCAACCGGGUGUUUGGAAGGAACUCGCUGACUCCUACAAGUGGGCUUUGCUGAUAUCCAGGGGGAUUUCAUGAGGGGAUUUAAAAGGGACACACUGACAUUUUUGAAAAACCUGUGUUACUUUUCUUGUCAAAAUUCUUGUCGGGAGGGAAAGUGUCCUCUCUUUUCUAUGACUCUCUUCACGAGAGAGGAUUUUGAGCUUCUCCAUUUGAAAGCAAUCCCUCUUUGGUUGUGUUCAGUCCCAACUAAAAAUACACGAUAGCGAACAUUUAACUCACACUACCGAUCAGCUGUUUACGUUUUCCUGCGUCUUCAUCGGCAGGAUGAAACACGGCCAGAACGAGCUGACGUGAGAGAGCUGUUAAAACUUGCCCGAUUGAAACUAAUUCCUGAAGACGUCUCUCCCUUUUUCUCUUGAAGAUGAGUUAGAUGACCAAGCCGAACUUGUUCUUGUUUCCGGUUUGCGUUCCAAAAGAAAUGAAUGGAAACAAGCUUUCAUUUGCGUUUUUCUUUGACCAAUUUUCUCAACAUUUGUUUCAAAUUUGUGACACAUCUGAAUGGAAACUUGUCUUUAGACAAGAACUCGUAUGCAGUGAAACACACGUCCUUGAUUGUAUUAAUGCAGAUGUGAAGUGCUGUAUUUGACUUAAAUUUACCUGUACACAUAAACUGGAAUUAGCUAGAGUCUGAUUUUUAAUGCUGCGUGUGCGUGUGUGCAGCAAUGUUUGCUUAUGACGCACACGUUUUUAAUGAAUGUGAAGUUGUAUUCCUUUUGAUGUACUGUAGUUCUGCAGUAAUGUUGUUUUCACAGUGAUCAAGAGUUCAGUGGAUUGUUGUAUGUACAUCAUUUUUAUAAACAAUGCAAAUGCAACUGUCAGGUAUGGAUUUAUGCAUGUCUUUAUGUUUUCUUAUUCUCUUUUAAAUGCUAUUAACGUCUCGGCUGCAGUUUCUUAAACAGCAAGUGAUUUUGCACAUCAAAGUGUGUUUCCAGGGUGCUGGGGAACACGACUGAGUAUAUGGGUAAAAUAAACAGUAUGAAGUCUUUAGUGUCUCCACAGGGAGCUGUGUGAAGUCAGAUGAAUGUCCUCAAGUGAUGUCACUCGAGUCAGCGUCAGUUGGGACUGCAAGUUUGAAAAUGACAAAUGUCUUUUGCCGAUGAGUUAGACAGAAGUGAGUUUACCAGACCCCCGUAGCCCGAUGCUCAUCUCUGCCUGCUACUUAGCCGCUACUAGCAUUUACACACCAGAAUCUCUGACCGUGCUGUCGGCGGUCGAGUUGCAUUGUGGGUAAUGUAGGCGGUGGGGUUUUGAUGAGGAAAAAGAAUGCAUGGAAUAAAAAAAAAUCUCUGGUU